CGGCGGACUGGGUAAACGCGAUAUGACGCAUGCGGAGUGUUUGAAAGCCAUGGCGGUGCUCAGUGAGGAAGCCGUUCGGGAGAGAGUUCAUCUCCGGCACCAGAACCUCGCUGAUGUCCGGUCAUUGUCUCUCCCUGGAACUUAUCAUGAAAAGAUUACCCAUCUAGGAAAUGCUCUGAAAAAUUUCACUCGCCUAAAAUCCCUAGACCUCUCUCGCAAUGCAUUGGUUAGCUUGGAGGGGAUUCAAUACCUAACAUUUUUAGAAAAGCUUAAUCUCUACUACAAUCAAAUCACAUCACUUUCAGAAGUAUUCCGACUUCAUAGCUUAACUACACUCAAGGAAGUGGACCUUCGAUUGAACCCUGUUAUUAAAAAUGAAUCAGAUUAUCGUCUUUUUGUUGUGCACAUGCUGCCUAACCUGAGGCGAUUAGAUGACCGGCCAGUGAGAGACAGCGAACGAAAAGCAUCGCUGUUGCAUUUUGCUACAGAUCAUGCAUAUGAGCUAAAAAAUUCUUCACCGGCAGCAAGAGGGAAUGAAAUAGAAAGACCUGGCCCAGCAAGGGUACAGUACAUUAAUUCCAUGUCAAAAAAGUGUUCAGUGCUGGAUGAAGAAGAUGAAGCAGUACUAAACUUAAUUGCAAAGUGUGAAUGGGACUUGAGUAAACCUCCUGGAAUAACAGGAUCUGCUAAGAAGGACCCUGAAGUUGAACUUCACACUUUACAAAGCAUCCGUGAAAUUGAUGAUAAGGACCUUAUCAGGAAUCAGAAGCCUGAUGUUAGACCCAGCAGCCGACAAACAUGGAAGCAACAACAAGCAAAUAUGCCUGUGGUAAAAAAGGAUGUUAGUUCCGAGAACAGAAAGAUGUCAAAAUUUCAGGAUGCUGAUGAAGAGUAUAGAAGUUUACCUUACUGUUCACCGACUCCAGCUGUUGAACAAAAUAUCAUUAAGCAGGGCUUUGAGAAAAGGAAAAAUAGCAAAGUAACGUUUUCAGAAAACAAGACUCAAGAUCCUCCCAAGGGAGACCCUAAUCUGAAGUUUCUGGAUGAGGCUGAAGCUUACAGGAAAAUCAGAGCCUGUGCUAACUUCACGCCCCAUCCAGACUCGCAGGAAAUAGAUGAACCAGUAAUUUCCUCUUCAAAGAUCCAUACACAAGCGCAGAAGAUUUACAAUACACUAUUAGUGUCCGGAUCAUAUUGCAAUGGAACACUGCAUAAUGGAAGAGACCAACCGAUUCAAAAACAAACUUAUUCUGCAGCUUUGGAGAAGAAUAAUGGACAGUCCAGUGUUAAUACCUCUCUGUCAAAACAGGAAACAAUAGAAGAGAGUGACAGAAUAUUUCUUCCCUCUCAAGAACCUGAACCUGAAGAAAAAAGGCCACAUAGAAAAACUGUGGGUAUAAGAGAGGUAUCUCCUGAAACACAUGAAAAACCAUCAGCCAAUAAACAUCCAUAUGAAGCAACACCAGUUGAGCAUCUUCUGGACUUAGUGGAUAGAUACUGGAAUGGUUGUAAAUCACUUCACUGCAAUGAGAAAUUUCUGUCUCAGGCAAGGCCUCUUUUGGGAGGAAUGCAGAAAUUUGCACCUACAGAUCAAUGCAAAGAUUCUUCCACAAUGCAUCAAGAAAUGACUAACCUGCUCUUAGAUAAACAGGCUUUGCAAAAUAAUUUAUCAGAGCAAAAGCAACGGCACAACAUUAAGAUUAGCAGUCUGACAUCAGAACUGAGCAAUGCUCAGAGAGAAAGGAAUAUUCUGAAACAACGUUUAGAUCAGUUGUUGGAAGAGAAUGCUACAUUAAAAGCUCGUCUGUUAAACAUGGAACAAAAUGUCAAAAAUGCAGAUGCUUCUACUUCAUUACAGUUACAGCUUACAGAACUGCAAAGUCAUAAUAAACAAUUAACAAAUGAAAAUGUCAUCCUAAAAGAGCGUCUACAACAGCAUGAUAAGAUUCAGCAGCUCAUAGAGAUGUUACAGGAAAGUCACAGAACUUUGGUUUCUACUAAUGAACAUCUCCUACAAGAAUUGGCAGAGAUACGUAUACAACACAAGUCUGAAGUCGAACAGCUACACUGGAGCUACAAUCAGCUAAAAAAAACAAUGGAUAAAUUUCCUCAUAGCAACACAGACAACAACAGGUGCUAGUGACAAUACAAGGAAGUUUGUUGUAAAUGAUUUAUAAGAGGUGACACCCAUGAGUGCAUUUAAUUGUGUAAAGCAAACAUUUGCAACUACCAUUACAGACUGUGGUACCUUCCCUUUUCAUUUUUUCCCCCAAUUUAUGUAUUGGUUUUAAAAACAUUCUUCAGUAGAGGCUUCCCCAGAACAUUUUGUUUUGACUGGUUUGGUUUACAGAAGCAUGGUUGUGCAUAAUGACACGUUGCAGGUUGAAACCAGUUCUGGUUGAGCCCUUUCAGUCCAGUAACCAGGCUACCAAAAGCAAAGAGUGCUUGCAAAAUUAGCAUUUCUCCUUUGAAAUACGGACCCAAAAUGCCAGUGGCCAAGUUAAUUUAGGAGUAUGCAUCUAAGGGAUUUUAUAAAAAUAAUUGUAAUAUAAGUUGGAAGAUAGCAUUAAUAUGUACUUCGGCACUAGGUACAGUUGCACAGAUUGUCAGCUGUGACAUCAAACAUGGUUUAAAGGGAAGAGAAACUUCUGAGCUGCUAAGGAAGCAACAACUGCUUGCAGCAUGCUCUUUCAGUUCUGCUGCUUGGGAUGAGCACUUGUAACAAGAAGUGAAAAUUUACAAAGAGUUAUCUGUAGUGGUCCUUAGCCUAGGUAUGAUAGGUCAGUAACUUUGCUAUUUAUUCUGUUUUAAACAGCAUGGUCAAACCUUUUCCCUAUAACUUUUUUGUGUCGGCCUCAAAAGUCAGUAUUGUCCAUGAUUUGCAUUUUACUUUAUGCUGCAUAAAAGCUGGAUAAGGGAGUUACAGCGGGCAAGGACAGACAGCAUGGUGGAAGACAGUUUUCCAUUGUUGUGGCAUUUAUUAGACAUCGUAAUAAGCCUGGCUUCUGUAGCUAUCAUUGAUGAAGGCACUGACCAGCUCUCAGCAUCAGUAAUCCGCAUCCAUCUCCCUGAUACAGCUGCAGGAGAAAAUCUAUCCCCGUGUCAGGAUGCUGUUCUGUCAUGUUGGUAUGUAUCCCAAAACAUCUCUCGAUGAUUGCACGGUGAACCUUUAUUGCAACACCCUAAAAUAGAGAAAACCUAAAAAUAAAGUGGUACUUCAUGAGCUCCUGCAUAUAACUACAUAUCUAUGCCCAGGAUGCGUACAUUUUAGACCACCUCAUCUUCAUGGGCUUCUAAUCAGUUGAAAAGUUUGAGGUUGCAUGUGUGUGCGUGUGUGUGUGCGCAAUGGGGUGUUUUGUUUUCUUUGUAUUUUUCAAUCCAAAAUUUUGUAAGAGGGUUCACUCACUUUCACCUUUCAUGGGUUUGACUGAAGGAGGAAAGAUGUAUCAUGAAAUGAUGUUGGAAAUUAAAAUAAAAACAGACUUCUGUCAGAAUACAUGUUGGCAAAAAUUAACCCUGGAUGUGACUAUUAUUGAGUGGAAUUGUCUCCAUUGCACUGUACUUUAUUUGUAAAAGGAAGAAGGAGGGAGAUCUAAAAAGAAAAACAAUCAGUAACUGCUUUAAAAACUGUUUUAUAUUAGUCAAGAUAUUUUUCCAUCAGUAAAUCUAGUGGCAGCUCAACUUGUCAUACCAAGGCUAAACAGUCUUGUCUGAUUUUUGAUUUUAUGUAGCAGCUGUUUUCAGAAAUAUAAAUGAAUCAGGCCUAAUCUGUUUUUGUGAAUCUAAUCUAAUUCAGUUUUUCUGAAGUUUUUUUUCUUGUUUUUUUCCUAAUAAAUUCAGAUUAUUUGAUCUUACUUGCUAAUUGCUGAAUUCGAAAUCAGAAAGCAAAUGUCACUUUUCCUGACAGCCAUUUUUCAAGUAAAAAGCAUUACAAUUUCAUAUUUAACUUUAAACAGUGAAGGGUUAUUUUAGUUAGAGCAUUCAAAAAACAAUGUCAGACUUACCCAAGACAUUGUUUUCAAUGUGGGCACGAGCUUUUGACACCUUUGAAGAAUACUUGUUUGUGUACUGUUUGUAUAUUAUAGAGUAAUAAGGCAUAAUCAUUUUGAAUAAUGUACAGCUAUCUCCAUGUACAGAUGCCCCGAAUGCAGCCAUAUAGGUCUCUUUGGAAUCUUACAAAUAAACUUUUAGUUUUGUUUACUAAAA